AUAAGCAAGCAGGGAACUGGAGCUGGGGAGGUCAGGGGAGCAGAGGCCCCACCAACACCUUGGAGUUGGGCUGGGUCUGUGUGGAGCCCCAGAGAUGUUCCCCAGCCCAUCCUUUUUAAGAACCAAUGAGUAAAAUCAGGGGCCUCCCCCAUGCCGCCAGGGACCCGGGCCCUGGCGUGGAUCUUGGAGUAGAGGAUGGCCUUCUCUGUCAACUAAUUCAUUCUCCAGAGUUCAACUUGUUCUCUGACUCAGUGGUGUUUGAAAGCACCUUUAUCCAGGUCACUAAACAAGGACACUGGAUGGAUGCCUAUGAAAGAUCGGCCACUGUGAUCCUUGGGGUAACCUCUUCAGUGCCCUCCCUGCCACUCCCCAAUGUCCUCCUAAUGGCCAACCUCACCUGGCCUCAUGGUCCGCUUUCCACCAGCAGCACCCCUGGUGCCCCCGUCAUCACUCUCAGCAGGAUCCUUCCCCUGAAGUAUGUGGAGCUACAAAUCUAUGACCGGGCCCAACGCAUUCUUCGGGUUAGGACAGUGACAGAAAAGAUCUACUACCUGAGGCUCCACGAGAAACAUCCACAGGCUGUGUUUCAGUUCUGGAUCCGCCUGGUGAAAAUUUUGCAGAAAGGUCUGUCUAUCACCACCAAAGACCCGAGGAUCCAGUUCACUCACUGCUUGGUGCCCAAGAUACCCAACUCCUCCAUUGAAACAACACCUGCAAGCAGCCUGCCGUCAUCUUCCCAGGCCAGCGAGACCAUCAUGCUGCUGGCAGCCGAGCAGACCAGCGGCAGUCUCUUAGGACUCUCGGAAAGAUACAAGCUCACAGGAGACAGACACACUGAUACUGCCACAGUAACAGACAAACCCAAGAGAUGCAAGACACCCACACUGGUGGCAUCUUCAAUUAAUAUGCCCAUGAGAGCUACUUUGACCCACAGCCUCUGGGAACAAGAGGACCCAAAUGAGAACUUCCUUCAGGUUCCGGUAGCCAGCUCCCUAGGCGAGAACUUUUUGGGACCUUAACACAUAGCCAGACGAGUGUCAGUCCUGUCUUCUAUGCCUCGUAUAAUGCUGCUUCCCACAGUGGGCCAAGGACCAUGGGAGAGACGAGAUGGUGCUUACGCCAAGACGCUCCUCUACUUCCAUCAAUAAAUCUCCAAUCGAGUCUUCGUUGUUGCAAGUUGUGUUGGGGGUGGGGAGAUCUGGGUAGCUGGCUAAGAGCUGGCUGGAAAUCGACGGUCACUCCUCAGAAAAAUAAAUGGAAAGGAAGCGGUCACCUGCUAGAAAGCCUGAAGCAUCUAAACCAAGCUGAUACAUCCAGUGCAAAGGAAAUGGCCCCUGGAGAGAACUCUAACCUCUGUUAUCAAGGAGAUAGUGUGGGACACAGAGAUGGGACUUUGGUAUACAGAAAUCCUGAGCAUGAUGGCAACCAGCUAGGAGAUAACUUCAUCCAUCUUAAAUAAAAAAUCAAGGGUUCAUCUCUCAACUCCCUGUGUUAGGGUAGAAGCCCAACAGCAUGCCCUUGGCCAUGAACAAGUGGGUUACUAACGGAGACGUGUCUUCUGGUAAGGGUGGUGGUGGUCACUCCUCAUCAAAGAAAUUCAGACUGCCUUGACUGUUCACUCCUGGGACCUAGUGAAAGCAAGCUGGGAGAUCUUGUGUCUUUCAGGUUUCUGAGCAAAUAUCCUUAAUUGUGUAAGGGAUAAUCAAAACUAUUCUCACCUCCUAGACCAUUAGGAAUAUUUACCCAGAAUAUACCACCAUAAUAUCCAAUAAGUGUUGUGGGAUAUUUUGAUCGUGCUGUGACGCUCCAGAGGCCAAUAAAGUUUACCUGGAAUCCGGGUGGAGCCAGUGACUAGUGGACUAGAAUUGGCCAUAAAGAAGCCAGCAGUUUAGAUAGAGAAGAUGCACAGGAAGGAAAGGGCGGGGACUAGAGUUUGAGCUUCCUUUUGGUUCCUGGACAAGGGAAGAGACUGGUCUCUUGCGCGGUGUCUGUCACUGGCCAAAAAGCAAGGUCAGCUGGUUGCUUUUCGGCUUCUCUAACAGGUUUUCAUCCCGAUAUCUGACUUCCAAGUCUUUCUUGGUAAAUAAAAUGAUAGAGACAGUUUAAACCUACACAUGGCAGUCAUAGUUAGUGCCCAGCACAGCCUGAGAGGUGGUUGGGGUGCUGAAUGUGGCCCGCAGACAAUAGUCAAAAUAUCAGUAGGUUCAUAGGCAGCUGCUAAGCUGACAGAAAAA